CAUCUGGCUAUACUAACACUAAUGAAUAUCGUACGAGAUUAGUAUUGCACUUUCAUUCACAAAUAUCUGCUCGGAUUAAAUUGUAGUGAGAGAUUAGUUAAAUAUAACAAAUACAAAUUAACAAACAAAGAAUAUUUUGCAUUCUAGAAGACAGUAUUUGCUGAAACCCUAUAUCACAUAAAGAGUGUUCAAGGGGAGUGGCAACAGGCAGUUAAAAGUAUUUACUGGUUUUUAAAGUGCGCGCCGCAAUGGCUAGAAGGACUCAAGUGCAUUCAGUCGAUAUAGCCGAUAAUACAGAGGAGCUCGAAAGUCCAAUAACUAUAGAGUCCGGCUCGUUAGCUAUAAAUGAUGACUCUACCAAAGCACCACAAAAGGAUUUGUGGGAACGUCCCGCAUCCUUAGAAGCGCCCAUUUUGCCCGAUGAUGGUUCAACUAUAUUACGUUUUGAAAUUCAACUUGCUCGCAUUAUGCCACCCGAUGGCGAGGAUCUCAAAGUAAAACGUUAUGUAAUCUACGAAUUAUCCGUUCGUCAAGAUUCCUCAAUCAUCGAUCCACAACCAGCAAGCAUUCAACGUCGUUAUACGGACUUCCGGAACCUAUAUAACAUACUCAAGAAGGAGUUUCCAAAUAAAAUGUCUACUUUAUAUUUCCCAAAUAAGGUGCUUGUUGGCAAUUUUUCAGCUGAUUUAAUUGCAGAGCGUAGCGCUGCUUUUGAGACAUUUCUAACGCAUGUAACUAGUUGUAGUACGUUACGUGAUACGCCUGCCUUUUUACAUUUUCUACAAGAUAACGAAUUGUCCAAAGCCUGCCAAUUGUUGGACGAGCGUCGUAAUGAAAUGGCAAUACCAUUAUUGGAAAAUUGUUUUCGCUUACUGAAUAAAAUCUUCAUGGAUCGUUCAAGACCAGUACUACUUAUACUAUGUCGCCUAGUGGCGGCUUGUACUAUGUCUCCAGUGCCUCAUCAUUCAGCCGAACGUUGGGCAACUCUGGCCUUAAGUCGAUACGAUACACUGUGUGACAUCGACCUCCUACAAUUGUAUAUUCCCUUGUUGCACACCUGUACGCAUUUGUGGUGGCAGCGGGGGUUGGAUCAAAAGCCAAUAACUGAUCGCCUUGAAGAAAUGUCUAAAAAAGGCAUUAAUACGAAAAGUAACGUUACUCUUAUACAAGCUAUUCAUAAUUUGGAUCCACGUACUGAAACCAUAUGAAUAAAAUAUAAUAAAAGAACGCGCACAUAUUUAAUGUCACUUAAAAAGUUCCAACUACUGGAUAUUUAGUACAUGGUGUAAACGUCUUCUAGCAAUUAAGGCUAAAAGUGCAAUUGUCUAUCACUGCAUCAAAUGUGCAUACAUUACAUUUUAAUUCUGUAAUUAUCGAUAUUUUAUUUAAAGGUUUAAAAUUAUUUAGAAUUUCGUGCUAAAGUGUAAUUCUCUAAUCUAAUCUCGUAAUAAUUUAUAUAUUUUUUACAAUGUCAAUCAUGUGAAUUGUUUAUAUACGAAUUUAUCUUAUUAAAUAUUGUAUACAUUUUUAAUAAUAGCGUUUAGUUUAUAUAUGUUUUAAUGUUUUUAACAGAUUACAUUUAUUUUUAUUAUAUAAUGGA